AUGUCCCACCAAGGCAUCUUUCGCUACCUGCCUCCCAACGCAAGGCCCGCCUCGGCCGAGAAGGCCUACCUCCUGCCCUCUCUCUUCGAGUUCAGCUCCAUCGUCACACUUCCACUCACAGACCUGAAGCCUACGCUCGACCUGGGCGAUGCCUCGCCUUAUAAGCUCUCGGUGCAUGGGUUUACCUCCCGCCGGCAUCACUCGGCCUUGCACACUGAGCCAUUCGGCCAUGCGAGCUGGAAAGAUGAGAAGGCACUCAGAGACGUCUAUUUUCCCGAGGUCGAGGAGUUUGUGAAGAAAUUGACGGGCUGCAAGACAGCGGUGGUGAGUGCGGCGGUUGUGCGGACGCAGACGUACAGUGAGGGCACCGGCGAUUCCAGCUCUUCAGCAGAAGACGACGGGAAAGGAGAAGGGGAACGGGAGGAGGAGGGGGGAGAAGAAGGCAGCAGCGCUGCUACUCCCAAGUUCCCUCCCAUCGUCGGCCUCGCCAAGUUCGACGGCGUCUCCCCUGCCCCCAAAGUCCACCUCGAUCUCACGCCCAAGGGUGCAAGACUGCACAUUCGGAAAUACGCCCACCAAGUCACUUUGGCGGCGGAGCACGUCAUCACGGCGGAGAACGCUCUGCUUCCCUCCGGGGUCAGGUUGGAAGAUCUCAAGGAUCACUACCACGAGGCCGGCGUCCCGCGCUUUGCGCUGUUUUCCAUCUGGCGCCCGAUCAAGACGGUCAAGCGGGAUCCGCUGGCCGUCGCACCAGCCAACAAGUUUCCAGAGGAGGAUUAUGUGAUUUCUGCCCAACUGGAGCCUCUUGACCGGACCAUCCCAGCUCACCUGUCGUGCCUCAUGGGUCCCCAAAGUCCCAACUCUGCCUCCGCCUCUGCUUCAUCCGAGGAGACUACGUAUGAUACCGAGGGGUAUUUGGCCUACGCACUAAAGAAUGGAGAUGAGAGUGGAGCCCAUGACUGGCAUUUCAUUGCGGACCAGGAACCGAGUGAGGUCCUGGUAAUUCAGCUGUUUGACAACGAGAUGGAGGCGAAUGCGAGGGCACCACGCAAGGAUGGAGGGAAGGGAGGAUUGGGCGUCGGCGGAACGGUGCAUAGUGCGUUUGAACUUGUGGGACAGGAUGACACGGAGGAAGCCCGUGAGAGCAUCGAAGUGAGGGUUGCGGCGUUCUGGUGA